AUGGAGCUUUGUUUCAGGAGCGGCCUCAAAGCAGUAAAAGUCCCACUUUUCUCAGUUAUUUGUAUUUCCGCUCCACUUUUUAUCAAGCAACUUAACUUGCAAUAUCUUCGGAAGAUGAUUCAUAGAAAUGAGUUAGUUCUUGUUGCUUUGCUUAAUUUGGCGAUAUACGUCAUAAUCAUUUCUAUGCUAACCUCAUGUGACAUUUCUGUACUGAAGAUAGAAGUAUGGUCAUACGACGGGCGACUGAAAAUCGACUUGCGCUGGCUGCAUAAGAGCAGUAAUGAUGUGCUAAUGUUCAAGCCAAAGAAGAUGUUAAAUGGACUGAUCAUUUUAACUCUUGUGAUUAUUAUCGGUGUUGAAGCUGUAAAAUUACCAAUUCGUCGAACGAAGCGAUACUCUUAUUACACUUGUGGUGUUUGGCCAAAUCAAUACACAUCUUUAAUACCGUGUGAUAGUUACGGAUCAAAUGCUGUAUGUUCAAAUACUGGUCAUUAUAUGGGACGUCGUUGUAUUUAUUCAUCUGAUUGCUCCAUGCUUGAAGCUCCGUCGUCCUGCUUAGAUGGCUUGUGUUGUUCAAUUCCAUAUGUUACACCUGCCACAGCGCCUCUAUGUGGCGGCAUUAGUCAGUCUGGUGGAUACUGUACUAAUGGAUUUUGCUCAGAUGGAUAUGUUUGUACAGCAUCCAAUAUUUGCUGCCAUUGUUACGCUGGUUCAGAUGCUGGUAAGCCAAAAGUGAAAAAAAAAUACUGCUCCAACAAGAUAGCGCCAUUCUUAAGAAUACUGUUAAGGUGUAUGUUACAACAAUGGAUGCCCAACUGGAUACAGUUGUUCCAGCACCGUAAGCUCAACCGGUUUGUCUGGAUCCAAAACACGUUGUAUUUUUGGUCAAUGCCCAAUUGGAUAUUCAUGUUUGGACGGACAGUAUUGUUAUGCAAUAUAACGAACAUUAAUGACAACAGAAUAAUCAAUAUAAAAUUACCGAUAAAGUGUCACAUUCAUGGUGUUCUAAAUCCUGCAGACGACAACUGGUUGACAUAUCAAAGAGUAGUCAAGUCCUGCUGUCAUAUAAACGAAGAUGCAAAGAAGGAGAAACCUAAAUAA